UGAGCUAGACGCGCUCCGGGCCUGGGGCGCCGAAGGACGCGAAGAGCUGCGGGAUCCCGAGCCGCGCGGACGGCGGGCGAGAUGGAGGCGACCUUGGAGCAGCACUUGGAGGACACAAUGAAGAAUCCAUCCAUUGUUGGAGUCCUGUGCACAGAUUCACAAGGACUUAACCUGGGCUGCCGUGGGACCCUGUCAGAUGAGCAUGCUGGGGUGAUAUCUGUUCUAGCCCAGCAAGCAGCCAAGCUAACCUCAGACCCCACUGAUAUUCCUGUGGUGUGUCUAGAGUCAGAUAAUGGGAACAUUAUGAUCCAGAAACAUGACAGCAUCACGGUGGCAGUGCACAAGAUGGCCUCGUGACAUCUCAUAUCAGUCCCCAGCCGCCUGUCAUAGACGCUAGAUCCUACCUAUGUUAAUUAUCUUGUAGGACUAGGGAAGUCCCAGUAGUUCGGCCAUUUAUUUAGUGUACAUUGGGCACUUUUCUGUCCAUUUUAGAGUGAGUUGCUUUUUGACACUCAAUGGGCUGACUUCUCAAAAUAUUAAGAAAGGAUCAUGUUUUGAAGCAGCAGGUCCAGGUCACUUUGUACAUAGAAUUUUGUUCAAUAAAUCUGGUCAACGGAAA